CCAACCACUAGAUGCCCGUCCUCUCCCUGAGGAGAGAACCCAGGAGUCCUGCUCUAACAUGCCCGACAUCCCUCACCACCUCACACUCCCAUCCCUGGUCCUUCUCCUAGUCCUGUUGGGUUUCUGUCCAGGGGCGUCUGUGCCCCUCACACAGCCUACCAGCGCCAUCUGCUGCUCCUCUGUGGGCAUCUCUGCUCCAGAGCCAUCUGCGGUGCCAGGCCUGGGGCGUACGGCCCCCCGGUGACCCUGCGGUGCCAGGCCUGGGGCGUACGGGCCCCCGGUGACCCUGCGGUGCCAGGCCUGGGGCGUAUGGGCCCUCCCGACCCUGCGGUGCCAGGCCUGGGGCGUACGGGGCCCCCGGUGACCCUGCGGUGCCAGGCCUGGGGCGUACGGGGCCCCCGGUGACCCUGCGGUGCCAGGCCUGGGGCGUACGGGGCCCCCGGUGACCCUGCGGUGCCAGGCCUGGGGCGUACGGGGCCCUGCUCUCGGGGCGGAGGAGGCUGUAUCCCAAGCCCAGCUGGGGUCAGGGUCGUUACCCCAGCUGCUAUGGCGCGAGUCAGGGGCCAUAUCCCUGGUUGCUAUGGAGCAUGUCUGGAUCAUCAGCAUGGCUCCAGGCCUACCACUGAGGGUGAGUAUUAUGGUCUGCCUUCCCCAUGUUCAGGCUGCUAUGGCACAGGUCAGAGGUCAUAGCCCGGUUGCUAUGGCAAAGGUCGAGUUCAUGGGCCCAGUUUGCCAUGGCGCAGCUCAGGGGCCAUAUUCCUGGUUGCUAUGGCGCAGGUCGGAGGGUCAUGCCCCGGUUGCUAUGGCGCAGGUCAGAGGUCAUGGCCUGGUUGCUAUGGCGCAGGUCGGAGGGUCAUGCCCCAGUUGCUAUGGCACAGGUCAGAGGUCAUGGCCUGGUUGCUAUGGCGCAGGUCGGAGGGUCAUGCCCCAGUUGCUAUGGCGCAGGUCAGAGGUCAUGGCCUGGUUGCUAUGGCGCAGGUCGGAGGGUCAUGCCCCGGUUGCUAUGGCGCAGGUCGGAGGGUCAUGCCCCAGUUGCUAUGGCACAGGUCAGAGGUCAUGGCCUGGUUGCUAUGGCGCAGGCUGGGGGUCAUGGGCCCGGUUGCUAUGGAGCAGGUCAGGGGUCAUGGGCCCAGUUGCUAUGGUGCAGGUCGGGGGGUCAUGGGCCUGUUGCUUAGGAGUAGGUCAGAGGUCAUGGCCCGGUUGCCAUAGCGCAGGUCGGGGGUCACCACCAUGGCGCCAGGAGCGCCCCCGGCGGCGAGUAUUAUGGUCUGCCCCUGCCCCGCGCUCGGGCACUACUUUUCCUGCCGGCGGCGGAGGGAUCAGCCCGUCGAUGGUGGGGAGGCUGCGCGGCCUCGCGCCUCCUUCCCCCGCCCCCGAGCGAGUCCCGGCGGCGCAGGGAUCCGGACGCGGUGACGGGGCUGCGCAUGCGCAGAGCGGGCAGGGAGCAGGCCCCGACCAGGCGGCAGCGGGAGGAGCCGAGCGCGGCGCGGCCGAGUCCUGUGUGGAGUGCGGGGCCCAGAAGUAA